CAUGGGGGUGUGAACCAGCUAGGCGGGGUGUUUGUGAAUGGCAGACCCCUACCUGAUGUAGUGAGGCAGAGAAUUGUCGAGUUGGCGCACCAAGGUGUCAGGCCAUGUGACAUCUCCCGCCAACUACGGGUCAGUCACGGCUGCGUUAGCAAAAUUCUCGGCAGGUAAGGGAAACAGAAUUGCACAAUUAAAUUGGUGUCACACAUAAAUAUCUUGAAAUAUGUGUGCACAGCACUUAUUUUAGCCAGAGUCAUCGGCAAUGGGGCCAUUUGCUUGAAUUUGCUUGAAUCUGUGUCGACGAUUUGGAAUCAAUCACCCCCAAUGGCUUUGAUGAAUACCUUAAUUUAUAAAAUGGGCCUCAGACAAGGCAAUAGUUAUAUCAGUGGUACUGGCCUAGAUCUGGAGAGCGUUUGGGUUCUCAUAUUCUGGAAUCAAACUCAUGUUUUCACUUUGAAAACCAAAAUUUAGAGAGAUAAAUCUUGAACAUUUUUAUUGAGGUAUUUAAUGCCUUGCACUUGGAAUGUUGGUCUCCAAAAACAUAACAAUUUUGAAUACUGGUGGCAUUUCUGUUCCGUGCAUGCGACUUCAGUUCGUGCUUAAUAUGGGGUUAGUAAAUUAUAUUCAAACUACAUUUCUGGAUUUAACUGAUGUUAUGUUUAAAUUGAAUACACAUACAUUUAUUUCUUGUCUGAUCAUUUAAUAAAGUGGAUGAUGAAAGUAUGAUAACAUUAUUUGAUUUUGAAAUAGUUUAUUCGCCUUCCAUAUUAUAUCAUUUUUUUACAGGCUUCAGUUUUCUUUAUAUUUUAGUAUGCUGAAUCUCAAUCGUAGUCUACUCAGACUAUCCUUCAAGCACAGUUAAUGCUUUAAUAUCGUCUUUAAAACAGGAACAUUUUGUCCAAUACAUGAAACUCCAACUAAGAUAUUUCAGAUAAAAGUCCUUCAGCAAUACUCAGCUUUAGUAUUUUUCCUUAUCAUUCAAGCCAAUUCAUAUGUUGUCCCUACAGGUACUACGAAACCGGCAGUAUUAAACCCGGAGUUAUUGGGGGCUCCAAACCAAAGGUGGCGACUCCUAAAGUAGUGGAUAAAAUCACAGAUUACAAGCGUCAGAACCCCACCAUGUUCGCUUGGGAGAUUAGAGACCGACUUCUGUCGGAGGCCGUCUGCGACAACGACACCGUUCCCAGUGUGUCAUCCAUCAACAGGUAUGCGAAAACUUCACUAUAUUCCCACUAUUUUAUAGGCCAA